CAAUCAUGUAUAAGGUUCUUGUGAUUGGCGAUGUCAGAGUCGGAAAAACUUCUUUUGUUCAUCGUUUUGUUAAUAACACAUUCAAAGAAAACUAUAAAGUGACUCUUGGAGUCGACUUCGCGUUGAAAACUCUGGAACUUAGUGAUGGCCAAGCACUAAAACUGCAACUAUGGGAUAUUGCAGGGCAUGAAAGAGCAACUUCUAUGACACGAGUAUAUUACAAGGGAGCAUCUGCAUGUGUUUUAAUGUUUGAUGUCACCGACCCUGAAACUUUUCAAAGCUGCACGAAAUGGAAGCAAGAUCUCGACGCGAAAGUUUUUUUAGCAGAUCAAAAUCCGAUUCCAUGUCUUCUACUGGCAAAUAAAAGUGACCUUGUAAAUGAGAGAAAAGUUUCAGAUCAAGAUAUUAAACGGUUUGUGAAAGAUGCUGAUUUUGUCGGAUGGAAACUCUGCUCCGUAAAAAAUAACGAAGGGCUAGAGGAUGGAAUGAAAUUUUUGACCACCCGCAUGCUCCAACGAUGCAAAGCGAUCACUAUGACAGCACAAGACACAGUUUUAUCAUUAGAAUCCGACGGUGAAAAUCGAAGCAAUUCUUGCUGCCGAUCAAAUCAAUGAACAUGUGAGGAGACAGUCAAAUACAUAAAAAUAGUCAAAUUUCAACUAUGUAAUUUGAUUUAUUUUUUAUGUUUUGGUCUCGAUAUGCUGGAUAUUAUAGUGAACAGCAAAGAAAUUGAUGCAAGUCCAUUCAUUCCUAACAAUACUCAGCUCAGAUUGAAUCAAAUUUUACUAGUUCUAACCAGGAUUAUGAUAUAUCAUAACAAUUGUAUAUAUUUUAGAUGAAGUAAAUUACCUUUACAGUUUGAGUUGAUUUUUCACACAUUAAUUUACAUUUACUGUCGGGAAUACCUACAAAUACCCAAUACAUUACGCAUAAUCUAUUUCUUUUAGGGUUUCCCAGCUUUCCUGGCAAAUUAGGCCAUGUAGACUUUUUUUGUGAAACUUUUUUUAUUCUUUCUAUUUUUAUGUAUAGAUUGAGAUUCUAUUAAACAAAUCGUUUGAAUGGAUUUUGAUUAGAAUGCAUACAUUAAAAUACCUUUAGUUUUAUUGUUAUUUGUAAAGUCAACAAACUUAUGCAAUAUUUCUCUCACAUAUUUUUUUUUUCAAUUUAUUAUUACGCAUUACGUAAUGACUACCGUGUUAUGGCGAGCUUCCCCAGUUUGUUGAAUAUUGCCUAAAGUGAAUUGCUCUUUGAAUUAGGCUUUCAACCUUAUUUUACUGAUAUUGCUGGUUGUCCUACUAUCAAAAUGAAAACUUGAAUUGGCAAGAAAAGUAGAGUAUGAUAUUGUAAUUCACUAUAGUCAAAAAAUGGCAAUAAAUUAAAUGUUAAAUUUUAACUUAGUUUCGAAAAAUCAAUAGUACAAAUACGAUGGCAUUUUAUCUUUUGAAUUUGAUAAUCUUAGGAAAAAUAUUCGACACCACGAUGUGCUGAUCGAAAUACAUUUUCAUACAUUUACCCAUUGGUGAUAUUAAUGGUCUAGUCUAGUAUAUUCUGU